AUGACAACUAAAGAGAUGCAACCAAUGGACAUCGACGAUAUGCAAAACACAGAUACUUUAGGCACUAAUUCCAACAUUUUAAAAAAUGUAGUCAGAAAACUAGCUGAAAUUACACAACCAUUUGUUCUUCUAAUUAAUUCUGUAUUUAUAAUCGUAUCGGAAGCAGUGAAGGUUUAUGAAAAUGCUAAGCAUAACAAAAAUAUUUGUGCUUCACUAUUGAUUAGAGUUAAUAUUGCAAAGACCAAUGUUGAAAUUUUACAACUCCAACCUAGAAUUUGUGAUCAUAAAGCAUUCAAUCAAUUUGUAGAAUUUCUGGAAAUAAUUGUCAGAGGUGUUACAGACAUGAAGUCAAAUAUCAACACAAUUAUUAACGAAGUGCAAAUUAUUAAUAAGAAGGUAGAUCAUUUAAUUCAUGAUCCUAUUAAUAAUAUGAUAAACUUGAAAGCAGUUAAAAUUAAUCCAAAAGAGUUAGAUGAUCUUCCCAACACAGAAACAAAAAAUCUAUUGUUAAAAAGUUAUACCGAGAGAAUGAUGUUGCUUGCAAAUUUACAAACAUCAUAG